CUUUUCGCGCUGUGUAUAUCAUUUGCGACCUUGGCUCAGUCAAGCAGGGCGGGAAACUGGAGUGAAACUCCACUUCCCUGGCCUCUUUGGUAUUUGCUAUGUGCUGAUGACAAUUUGAUUUACACUUGCAAGCAUUUAGGACGACGCUUUAGAUCGGCACGCACAAAUGUUCGGCUUGGGGAAGCCCAAAACUCGAGAGGUUGCUCCGGACAAGCUCCGGACCGAGGCUGUAUCGCAUGAGCUGAAAGCAUCAAUUGGCAUCCCAGGCACGGCUGAUGCGCUGGCGUAUGAGCCUGUGCAGGGAGCCAUCGCGGUGUCGACCAGCGAUGGUAAGGUGAAGAUAUUCGGCGCCCCCGGCGUUGAGAGAACCGUGUACUCGCACGCACGCUACCCGUACGCCACACGACAGCUGAUGUGGCUGCGUAACCGGGGCGUGCUGCUCCGCGUCUCCAAGGGCGGCUUCAUGGAGUGCUGGUCGGUGACGGCCGGCAACCGCAGCCACGGCGGCGUGCGGUCGCUGGGGAGCGUCAAGGUGCGACACGACAAGAUUUGUUGUGUCGCGGACAUGGCUCGGGACCCAUACGUGCUGAUGGGCUGCGCCAGUGGCGGCCUGCGCAUUGCCAUGCUGGCAGACGCCGCGGGGGCCGCCACCUCGCAGCCGCGGGCUGUGCGCAAGCUGGUUGUGGCGCCCUAUCGAGUGCGGCGCGAGGAGCUGGGCGGCGAGGGCGAGGUGCGGCAGCUGGCGGUGCAGUCGCUGGGGCCGGUGCACCGGGCGCUGGUGCUGUUCACGGCCGGCAUGGUGGCGGUGUGGGACCUGCGGGCUGCGCAGCGGGUGUGCUGCCUGGACGCGGCCGCGGAGGACGCCGCGGAGGCCUACCCGGCACUGGCUGCGGCGGGCGCGGCGAGUGCGGUGUGCUGGGUGGGCACGCGGCACGGCGACUUCGCGACGGGGCACGAGGACGGCAGCGUGCUGGUGUGGUCGCUGCCGGGGCUGGAGGUGGGCGAGCCCAACGUGGAGGCGGCGCUGAGGGUGGUGCCUGGCGCAGCGGAGCCCAUCCGCAUGCUGCGCUGCGCCUACGGCGAGGUGGAGGGGCUGUUGGUGGUGGGCGGCGGCGAGCCGGAGCAGCCCGAGGGUCUGGCGCUGCUGCCGCUGCCGGAGCCGGCACAACAGGAAGAGGACGAUGGAGGAGACGAGGAGGAUGCGGAAGAGAACGAGGACGAGGAUGAGGAGCAGCAUUUGGUCGACGACGAGGAUGAGGAAGAGGCGGCGGCGCGGCGGGCGCGGCGGCGGCGGCGGGCGGCCAAGCGCCGCACCCAGGGCCGCAAGGACAAGACGCCGGCGCCGCUGAAGCUGCCGUGGUUCGGCCACCUCAUCGGCUUCACGCUGGUCUCUCAGGGCCGAGCUCUGACAGGUUAUGAGGACCCUGUGGCGGUGCUGCAGCUGGUGGAGGGCGGGCAGCUGGUGCUGUUCGACCUGGCGGCCAAGGCGCCCGCCAACGUGACGCCCACCUUCCAGCAGCGCACCGGCAUCACCGUCACGGAGGCGGCGCUGGUGCCCGUACGCAGGCCCUCCGGCUCGGCCCCCACCGCCAUCAGUCUGGCCGGCCUGCGCAAGGUGGCGGCGGAGGCGGAGGCGGAGGAUGAGACGCUGAGGGACCCCAGCGGCGGCCUGGGCGCCUUUGAGGCGGGCGUGCCGCCGCCGCUGCCCGGAGACGCAUCGUGGGGACUGGUGUAUUGCACGGGCUACAAGGACGGCGGCGUGUGCCUGUGGGACCUGCACGGCGGCAACACCCGGCUGCUCGCCUCCGCGCCCCUGGGCGACGCUGCGGACCCGUCCUUCUUCGCCGCCGCGCCCUCCGCCGCCGCCUCCGCCGCCGACCCCAGCAGCAGCGGCGGCGGCGCCGGCAGCUCCAGCCCGGGCUCGGUCACGGCUCUGAGUCUGGUCUGGUCCACGGGUCUGGUGUUGGCCGGCCACCACCGCGGCGAGCUGCGUGUGUACCAGUUCAGCGGCAGCGACCGGACCGCCGACUGCCUGGCGUUGGACAGUGUCAACACGCCCGGCACGGCUGUGUCGCUGUGGCAGCCGGCGGGGCUGCAGCUGCGGCUGCGGGUGCGCGUCAGCUCGGGCGAGAUCACCAGCCUCGCCUACUGCCAGUCCAUCCGCGCCAUCGCUGUGGGCGACAAGUCGGGCGGCGUGGCGCUGGUGGACACGGGCCGCCCUGUGGUGCGCUGGUACGCCAUGCCCUGCAGCGGCGCCGCGCUGGCGGUGGCGCUGGCGCCGCUGCCGCUGCCGCCCGCCAAGGCACGGCUGCCGGAGCUGGCGGGCGCGGGCGAGGAGGGCGCACCCAGUCACACCGUGGUGGUGGCGGACGCGGAGGGCUGCCUGGCGGCGCUGGACGCGGCGCGCGGCUGCUUUGUGGGCAAGGGCGGCGAGCUACGCCCCAAGAACCACAGCUACAGCCUGUGCCUGGAGCUGCUGGACGAGAGCUACAGCCCGCUGUGGAACCGGCAGCAGCUGGGCGCCGGCUGUAGCCAGGCCGCGCUGGGCGGCGGCGCGCCGGGCGGCGAGGGCUCGUCUCGGAGGAGCCUGGGUGGCCGGGGCAGCGGCGGCGGCGAGGAGGAGGAGGGGCACGGCUCGGGUGGGGAUGAGGACGAGGAGGACGAGGAGGCGGAUGAUGCGGAUGAGGACAUGGACGUGGACGCGCUGCUGGCCCAGGCCGCCGCACAUGUGGACGGCUCCGGCGGCAAGCGGACGUCCGGCUCCGGGGCGCGCGGCUCCCGACACAAGAAGAGCGGCGCGGGGAGACGCGGCCGUGCGGAUGACACGGAAGACACCAGCGGAUCCGUCCUGGCUGCCUGCCCCGACCCCACCGGCCACCACGUCCUGUUGGUGACGGACCAGUACCUGCGCCUCUACUCGGCCGCCAACGUCAUGGCAGGCGACCGCACCGUCGCAGCCAAGCGCCACGUGGCCCCCGGGCAGCAGCUCGUGUACGCGCGGCCGGUGGCGGCGGGCGGCGGCGCGGCGCCCGGAGUCAUGGCGCUGGCCGCGGCGGAGCACGGCCUGAGCGUGCAGGUGUACUCGCUACCCUCCCUGGAGCUGGUGCACGAGUCGCCGCUGUCGGGCUGCCUGUCCUGGUACUGGGACGUGCCGCCCGGCCACGCGCGCAAGCUGGGCCGGCUGGCCGCCACGUCGCGGCUGGGGCAGCUGCAGCUGCUGGGGCUCGGCAACGAGCUGCUGCAGAUGGGCGUGCUGGCGGGCCUGCCGCCGCCACUGCUGCCCAGCGGACUCUUCUCCGCCGACGCCGCCUCCGCAUCGCUGGAGGCCGCUGCCGAGUACGAGGCGACACACAUGGCGGCCACGGGGCGGUUGAGUCGGGAGCCGAGCGCCCCGGUCCCGGAGAGCCACGUCACGGAGAGCGGGCCGUCGGACAUUAUUGACGGCAUCGACUCGCCUGCAGUGCGCACGGAGGGGCGGCGUGUGGACAAGGGGCCCGCGGCGGCGGUCGUGGUGGCGGAGAAGACGGCGCUGGUGGCAGAGAAGGCCAAGGAGGCUGCCAAGGAAGCCAACGUCACUCUCACCAAGGUCUUCAGCAAGGUGCAGCAGGGCCUGACCCGCGCGGUGGAGGAGACCACCAAGGGCGUCAAGACACUGGCCACCGGUGUGGCGGGCGGUGUGGCGCAGGUGCAGCAGGCGCUCAUUGACGGCUCGGGCGGCGCGGCGGAGCAGGCGGCGACCGCGGCGCCGGCAGGUGGUCGGAAGAUGCCGCCAGCGGCCGGCGGGCGCGGCGGCGGCGGCGGCGGCCGCAAUGCGGAGUGGUACGCCUCUCUGCCCGACCUGGGCAUUGUCUUCAGUCGCACAGUGCCCGACGACGACGCCGAGCUGAUGCGCAUGCGGCGCAAGGCGCGAGCCGGCAAGCCCGCCGGCGGAGCAGGCGGCAGCGACGAGGAGGAGAGCGCGCAGCCCGGUGGGGGCGUGGAAGAGGAGGAGGAUGACGACGUCAGCCUGCUCAGCAUCACAGACGACGAGGACGACAGCAGCAGUCCCGCCAAGCCGCGCCCCCCCGGGCGGCAAGCGGCUGCGCCGCCGCCGCCCGCACAACCCGCCAGGCGGCCGGCCGCGCCGGCGCCCGCUUACGGUGGCUCGGCGGCACGCAGCAGCGGUGGGGACGAGAACUCAAUGCGGGCAGACCUGUUCGGUGGCGCGCGGCCGUACACAUCGACAGGUGGCGGCGCGGGCGGCGCGCGCGCCUCUGGGGCUGCGCCCGCGCCGAUCUCCGCGCCCAAGCAGCGCACUGCAGACGAAAUCAAGCUCGCCUACGGCCGGCCCACCACCACCACUGCAAGGGCCAACGACGUGCGAGAGGUCAUGGAGCAGAACCGGAACAAGCUGGCGGAGCGCGGCGAGAAGCUGGGCCGCCUGAAUGACAAGGCGGCGGACCUGGAGGCCAGUGCUCAGGGCUUUGCGGACAUGGCGCGACAGCUGGCGGAGCGGGAGCGCAACAAAAAAUGGUGGCAGCUGUAAAGGGGCGGCUGGAAUAAUGUGGAAGAGGCUUGGGUGGACACGCUUUCAAGGCACCGUGCUGUGCAUGGUCGUGCCGCGGCAGCCUUGCACACGCUUGUGUCGUACGAGUUUGCGUGUCAUAGGUGCAGAACUCCGCCAUGGGUGCUGGCUGGAAUGUUGCCAAAGCAAAGCCGUGGCUGGGUGCGCAGGAGGCUGCAUUAGGAGGUAUAGAUUGUAUUGGUUUCAAGAGGGACCUGCUGACGCAGUUCACGGUUGUAGUGGGCACAAGGCAUCGCGCAGCUGGGCCAUGGCGGCCAGGGAAUCUCUGUGCUGGUAGCUGUCUGGAAUCUGCAGGGUAGAGACUCGCGCUAUCUGCGCCCGACACGACGAGGCAUCGAAUUGGGUAAAUGCAUUUUGCGCAGAGGAAGCCGCUGGAGUCAGUGGAGUGGAGAAAAGCGACGAACGCAGAGCGCGGCCGCUAAGGCAUUGCACAUGUCACCUGUCGGGGCGAUGUGGGCCCGCGGCAGGUGGCCGCAAGGUUGUAGAGACAACCCUGUGUAGACAGAAAGGCAGGGCAGGUACGUCAUGCGACAAGGCAGGUCCGCAAAGUACGUUGAUAGGUAGGACGAAGAUACGAUGUCGGUUUGCAUACAGGCAUGGAUACGCUCAGGCGGCUCAGCUCGUAGUAUGGGCGCAGGCUGGGUAGUAUGGGGGCAGGUUUGAGGAGGCAGGUGCAGGUUUGAGCGUGUGGGCAAGAACAGCAAGUCAGUAACUAACUCUGGGAUUUGGUCUCACUUUGUGUGAACCAUGGCAUCAGCUUCAGGUUGUACCGUAUCUAGAUGGCCUAGGGGUGACAAGAGAAUCUCCCCUUCAUGGG